CCAAACAACUGGCCCCCGCUGCCUUCCUUCUGCCCGGUGAAGCCGUGCUUCUACCAGGAUAUCCCCGUGGAGAUACCAGCUGACUUCCAGAAGACGGUUUCCACCAUGUAUUACCUCUGGAUGGCCAGCACCAUCACUCUCUUCCUGAACUUCUUGUCCUCGCUGGCCUGGUUCUGCGUGGAGCCCUCGUCCGGUUCGGGCUUCGGCCUCUCCAUUCUCUGGGCUCUUCUCUACACGCCCUGCUCCUUCGUCUGCUGGUACCGGCCCAUGUACAAAGCUUUCAGGAGCGACAGUUCCUUCAACUUCUUUGUCUUCUUCUUCGUCUUCUUUGCCCAGAACGUGAUGUACGUGCUGCAGGCGAUUGGCAUACCCAACUGGGGAUUCAGCGGCUGGAUACUGAGCCUGAUAGCGCUGCGCAAGAACACGGCAGUGGCCGUGAUGAUGUUCCUGGUGUCCUUGUCCUUCACGGGAGUGGCUGUUCUGGGCAUCAUUAUGCUGAAAAAGAUCCACUCUCUGUAC